AUGGAUGAUGAAAGUAAUGAUGACUGCACAGUAGAGAAUUCUGAAGACAGUGGCAUUAAGAUUCGCUUAUACGCCCCAAAGAAUGGCAAAGCUAUAAACAAGAUUACAGAUAGAGAAAAGGUUAUUGGUGAACUUAACGAAGAUUAUGCAGGUUAUCUCUGUGAACUCUACUCCAAGUGUAACACUAAACUGCUGAGAGUGCAUACAGAAGCGGCCGGUUAUGAAGUUUACCUGUCUCACUAUAUGAACAGUGGCAGUGGAUGGAAUGUGAUCGAAGAGAAGGAAUUUGGAACAAAACUAAAGGAUAUGAAAAAGUAG